CUCUGUCUUUUCUUCUAUAGGUUUUGAAGAGAAGCCAAGAAUAAAGGUGGCCAUCUGUUUAUCCGAUGAAACUAAAGACUCGACACUGGAGGUUCGCUGAUGCUGCUACUUAUUUUGACAGCUGAGCGAUCCCUCUCGUUCUCAGAGUGUGAGUUUCUCUUAUCCUGGUAGCUUGAAGGCAUUACACUGGCUAAAUCCCAGCCAUGGAGAUGGCCCUGGUUGACUUUGAGAGCCUGGAGGACAUUGAUGGCAGCCUUGAGGAAGAGGUUGACACCUAUGCUGAUGAGACAACAGCUCUCACAGGAGAUGUUCCUCCGGAGCCAAAUAGCCCUGACAUCAACAACCUCCUACGAGCCCAUCAACUGUCUUCCACGCCUUCUCAUUACACUGUUAAACCCUCCUGCUUCUGGGAAUCCACCUCAUCUCUACCCAUUCCACCAGCACAAACACUGGGAGUACCUCUGCCACAAGCAAUGCCAUCUCCAAGCAGAGAGGGUCACAGUAGUUGUGCCAGCAUGAUCUCCAACUGGAAACUGCUGUUAAAUAGUGAAGGAGUUAAAGAGAGUGAAACGAUUUUCAGUCGGCUCACAAAGGAGUGCUGUGAGGACCUGUUUGCAGAUAAAAGAGGACUGGAUGAUGGAGAUCAGAAGGUCAUUAUCAACAUUGCUGGUCUUCGCUUUGAGACACAGCUCAAGACACUAGACCAGUUCCCUGAAACACUUCUGGGAGACCCUUUUAAGAGGAUGGAGUACUUUGAUCCAAUGAGGAAUGAAUACUUCUUUGAUCGGAAUCGACCAAGUUUUGAUGGGAUCUUGUAUUACUAUCAGUCAGGUGGUAAAAUUAGAAGACCAGCUAAUGUGCCCCUUGACGUGUUUGCUGAUGAAAUUGUAUUCUAUGAGCUUGGACAUGAAGCCAUGGAACAGUUCAGGGAGGAUGAAGGAUUCAUAAAAGAUGUUGACAUACCUCUCCCUAAAAAUGAAAUCUAUAGGCAAUUUUGGCUGCUGUUUGAAUACCCAGAGAGUUCCAAUGCGGCACGCGGUGUCGCGCUUGUUUCUGUCCUGGUCAUUGUCAUAUCCAUCAUCAUCUUCUGCAUGGAGACACUGCCGGAAUUCAGAGAUGACUCUGAUCUAGUUGUUGCAACAGCAGUAAAACAUUCCAACUAUUCUGGAGGUUCUCCUUCUAGUUCUUUAUCUAGGGUAAAGCUGAAAACAUUCUACGAUCCUUUCUUCUUUAUUGAGACUGCCUGCAUAGCUUGGUUUGCCUUCGAGCUGUGUAUUCGAUUUGUGGUCUGCCCGAGCAAAAGUGAAUUUUUCCACAACCUCAUGAACAUCAUCGACAUUAUAUCCAUUAUCCCCUACUUUAUAACAUUGAUCACAGAACUGGCCACAACCCCUCAAGAGAGCUCAGGACAAAAUAUGUCUUUGGCCAUUUUGCGUAUCAUCCGCUUGGUCAGAGUCUUCCGUAUUUUCAAACUGUCCCGUCACUCUAAGGGACUCCAGAUCCUGGGACAGACUCUGAAGGCCAGCAUGCGUGAGCUUGGUUUGCUCAUCUUCUUCCUUUUCAUUGGAGUGAUCCUCUUCUCUAGUGCCAUCUACUUUGCUGAGGUAGAUGACCCUGAUACCCAGUUUGUCAGCAUUCCUGAUGGGUUUUGGUGGGCUGUUGUGACCAUGACGACUGUAGGCUAUGGAGACAUGUAUCCUAUUACCCUUGGGGGUAAGGUGGUGGGCACUUUGUGUGCAAUAGCAGGCGUGUUGACAAUCGCGUUGCCUGUUCCCGUCAUUGUUUCCAACUUCAACUACUUCUACCACAGAGAGACAGAAGCGGAGGACAAGGUUCCCAUGACAGAAGCUCUUGAGCAAGCCAUAAAGGCUGAAGAAAGUAACAAACGGGGUAGCAAUACUUCGCUCAAUAAAGCCAAUGGGAUCUGACAGAGGAACAUCAAGUAGCUGUUGGCUAUUAGAGACACUGUCCAUUGAGCAACAAAGACAUUCAGCAAAGACGAUAAAACAGAAUCAAAUUUGUGUGAAAGGAAUCCCAAAGAAUGGAUAUACAGACUGAAUAAAGGAUUAUUGUUUCUGUGAAAAACAUGUUUUAUAAUACCAAACAGAUGUACCAAACUUACCUCUUCUGUUUUUGAUAUAAACACGGUACUUUAUGGAUUUGCCUGUAAAUUCACCAUGUUAAUGUUCAAGAAUUUUAGCAAUUUAUCACUGUUUUAGGUUAACUUCAUGGUAUGUACUAGUUUUAGACAUAUUCAUCUUCUAUUAUCAUAAGUCAACAUGCAAUAUACAUGUUUAACUUUAUUUUUAACCUUUAUCUUUCUUCAAAAGCUUUGUCAUUAAUUCUAGUAAAAUUAGCUUAUUAUGGUUUAAAACACUUUUACCACAUACUAUCUAUAUUUACAGAAGCUAUAAAACAUGAUUUUCAAACAUGUUUAACAUCAAAUGUGGUUAAAGAUGAACAGUAUAACAAUUAUCACAAACUAAAUUUAUACAAUGCCUUGUGUUUAAAUUUCUUGAACUUUUAAUUAUUUUUUUCAUCUUCGAACUAUAAGCCUCAGUGUAUUUUAUUGGAACUUUAUAUGGUUGACUGAACGAGUUAUUGCAUAAGUGUAAAGUGAAAGUAAAAGUCUACAUUUUUGAUAAAUUAAAAUCUGAAUCAA